AUGUUUUGUUAUCACUGUUACCGUAAACUAGGCAAAGAUCUUGACUGCAAAUGGGCAGACGGAGACUUGAGACUAGGGCCAAAGACGAUUUUGAAGCUUGUUAAGAAUUGCCUCAAAGAUGAAGCCUGUAAGGGCGCCAUAGCAGAAGGUAGAAGCACCCUUGAAGAGGUUCAGGAUAGCAUGUCAGAAACCGAGCGUAGUGAGAGGUUGGGCACACGCAAGAAAAAAUCAGUCCCUAAGAAGGAAAAAGCCCCCCUCAGUAAGUCUGAUGACAAGGGGGUGUAUUUGCCAGACCACAGGGAUCCUCCCCCUGUUGUUACAUCAAAGGGAGGAGCUGGCUUAUACCCUGUAUGUGAGCUUGAAGCCUUAAAUUUAGAUAGCUCCAAUGACUCGGAAGAGUCAGGAGAUGAGGUUUUAGAUACUGAGGAAGAGGCCGAAUUAGAAGAAGAGGCUGCUAGAUAUGAGGAAGAAAGAUACCACCUGGAUGGUUAUGGACAAAACAGCAAAAGGUAUCGGGGACAGCGGCGUCAACCAGUCCUCUUGCAGGCUGUCCCUUCGGCGCCCCCUGCCUAUGAGAUGCGUCCGAAGUCAUACUCUUUUCUCCCAGAUAGGGUAAAAAGAAAGUUGCGCCUCCCUUACCCUGUCUUUGAAGGCGCUGAAGGAGGACGGGUUCAUGCACCUGUGGAAUAUAAUCAGAUAAAAGAGCUGGCAGAAUCAGUUAGAAAAUAUGGGGUUACAGCUAACUUUACUCUUGCACAACUAGAUAGACUGGCCAUGUCAGCGAUGACGCCAGCCGACUGGCAGACGGUCGCGUAGGUGCCACUUGUCAGCAUGGGCCAAUACUUGGAAUGAAAAGCACUCUGGAAUGAGGCUGCCCAAGAGCAGGCCAGAUCUAAUGUGCUGGCCUUGACUCCUGAACAGCAACAAUGGACAUUUGAUCUACUAACAGGCCAGGGUCAUUUUGCAGCUGAUCAAACAAACUACCAUUGGGGCUCCUAUCAACAAAUCGCCAGUUCAGCCCCUUGGAAGGCGCUCUCCAAGAAAGGAGGGAUUGAUAAACAGCUCACUAAAAAUAUUCAAGGGACCCAAGAGCCAUUUUCUGACUUCGUGGCCAGAAUGACCGAGGCUGCCGGUAGUAUUUUUGGUGAUUCAGAACAAGCCAUACCUCUAAUUGAACAGCUAAUUUUUGAACAGGCCACCCAAGAAUGUCAUGCACCUAUAGCCCCGAGGAAAAAUAAGGGAUUACAAGAUUGGCUUAGGGCAUGGAGUGCCUGGGGGAAGCCUAAAUGCUUAAAAACUGACAAUGGACCUGCUUAUACUUCUCAGAAAUUUAAAAAAUUUUGUGCACAAAUGCAAGUCACACAUAUUACAGGCUUGCCAUACAACCCUCAAGGACAGGGCAUCAUUGAGUGUGCACAUCGCACGCUCAAAUCAUAUUUAAAACAAAGAGGGGGAAUAAUAAAGGAUUUGCCCCCUGUACCACGAGUCACCAUAGCAAUGGUACUCUUCACCAUAAAUUUUUUAAAUUCAGAUGAGCAUUGUCAGACCGCAGCAGAACGGCAUUGCUCAUACCCACAUCAACCUAAGGAAUUGAAUGAAGAAAAUCCCUUCUGGGUCCCUGAAAGACUCACCAGGACAGUCCUGGAGCAGAAGGAUACAGCAGACCAGACAUAUGAAAGGGGGCAGCGAGGUGCUCCUCCUAAUGUCACUGAUAAUGAUCGAGAUCUCAGCUGUCCAGGGGAAACCACGAUGGGGAAUCAUGUCAACGUUCCCACUUCCGAUGCCGCUGUAGUAACUCGCAUGCCAUGCUUUGUGCCCGUCCAAGUGGAUACACCUAGCAGUAUGAUGCUUUUUAGAGAAAAAAGAGAUUUUGGGAUCCCUGCAAUUAUUGUUGGUAUAGUGGCCGCCACAGCAGUUACUGCAGCCGUUACAGCUUCUGCCCUUGCAUUGUCUACCUCGGUACAAACUGCACAGACCAUUAAUGGUCUGUCGGCCACUGUCUCUGAAGCCUUGGAUAGACAGGCCUCGGAAAAUACUCAGAUAUAG